AUGCAGGAAUCUAGCGAAGUUGCUGGGUCUAUAGUCAGUGAAGAUUGUCUCGAUGAAGUGAUACAAGAGCAAAAAAAAACUUUGAAAAAUGCCCAAACUGCUGCUCUGUCUGCCGUGACCAAAAGGAGAAAUGAGAUCUUUAGACUAAUGGAUAAUUGUGAUAAUCUUCAUCUGGUGAAGUCUGAAGUGAUUAUUUUGUGCAAAUUACGUGAUAAAUAUGAUGAAUGUUUUCAGCAAUAUGAGAAGCAUUUAACAGAUUCCAGUGAACGAAACACAGUAAAUAAGAGGCAUUCAGAAAAUACAGCAUCUAUCGAUCGUUUCAUUACAGAAAUGAAUAAUUGGGUCAAGGAAAGUGAAUUGCAAUUAACUGCAGACCUUGAUAGAAAAAGUCUUUGUUCCUCAUCCACUACCAGGACCAAGUCUAGCAGAACUAGUGUAAGAUCUGCUCGCCUCAAAGAGAAAGCUAGACUAGCAGAAUUGAUGGCUCAACAUGCUAUGAGAGAAAAAACAAAAGUGAUGGAAGAGCAAGAACUCAGACUUAAGCAGGAGAGGGAAGAACAAGAAUUUAGACUUAGAAAAAAGAAAGAACAAUUAGAAUUAGAAACAAAAAUUGCUAUGUCCCAAGCAAGAGAAAGAGUUUAUGCUGAAGCUGGCAAUAUCUCGGAUAUCAUGCCAAAAGAUACUCCUUCCCUGUUGAAUCCAAAUGUAGACCCGUUCCAACCACAACCUUCGGAUAUAACAGUAGAUACUCCGCAGUUGAAAGCGAACGUUCCCUGUAGUUCUAGCCAUUGUCGGUUCCCUGAGCCAAAUCUUGAUAUGCAACUACAGUCCCAACAAGAGAUGCUCCUGAAGACACAGCAACACAUGACUGCAGCAAUGUUGCUUCCAAGCAUAGAAGCAAAGGCAGCAAACGACCCAACAUUCAGCAAGUUUGCUCUUCAAAAUAAUUAUUCAAAGCCUGAAAACAACUCUGGUAGCUUCAAACUCAGAUAUUGUCAACAAAAGAACAAAAGUUCAAGCUUUGCUACCCAGGCAGAACUGAAUCCAGAAAAUAGAAAGAUAUCAUUAGUGUCUGAGAAAGAGAAAUCAUGUCCACUGUGCAAGAAAAACCAUGAUCUUGAUGAUUGUUGGAAUUUUGCUAAGAAGACCUCUGAAGAAAAAAUAGAUUUCCUUAAGGAGAGAAGGUUGUGUUUUGGAUGCUUUGGUCUCAACCAUACCUCUAAAGGAUGUAUGAAAAGGAAGCAAUGUAAGACGUGCUGUAAGAGGCAUCCCACAUCAUUGCAUAUCGAAGGAUUCAAGCUACAUAAAGACAAUGAUAGCUCGUCUAGAAAAGUAGCAAGUGAAAUUAUUGUUAGCACAUGUACUACCAAUCAUGUCAGUGAAGUAAAUACAAUAUUACAGGCUAUUAUCCCAGUAAAAGUAUAUCAGAAAGGAAACACAGUAGUUUUGGACACUUAUGCCUUUUUUGAUAAUGGCAGCACUAGUUGUUUCAUCACAGAGAGUUUACGAGAGCAGAUUGGUGCAUCUGGAACAGAGAAAUGUUUAAAGCUCCAAACCAUGCAUGGCGUAAACAUUGUGAAUACUUUGGCGGUUAAUAAUUUGUGUGUUACAGAUAUGGAAGGAAACAACACUAUUGAUUUGCCAAAAACCUUUACUCGUCAAGAUAUCCCAGUGAGUCAUCAACAGAUACCAAAACCAGAAUUGCUCAAAAAGGUAGCCGGUCUGAGGAAUAUUGCUGAUCUGAUUCCUGAUUAUAGAGCAGAUCUGGAGAUUGGUUUGUUGAUUGGCAGUAAUUGCCCUAAAGCACUGCAACCAUUAGAAGUGCUUCCAGCCAAGGGUCAAGAUUCCUUUGCAGUUCUUUACCACCAUGGAUGGACUGUUAGUGGCCCUUUACAUUUUAGAUACUCUUCAGAGAAGAACAGUAUUUCAUGUCACCAUGUCUUUCUUCAGGAAGUUGAAAGGGUAAAGGAGUGUAUUCAUCCUGCAGCUGUGGUCCAUAUGUUCGAAAGAGACUUUAGUGAGAAAGAUGUUGGUAGAGUUCCUGAUGAGAAGGGUCUGUCACAAGAAGAUCAACAGUUCCUCAAAGAAGUUGCAGAAAACAUUCAGUUUACCAAUGGACACUACCAGCUUCCCUUACCAUUUAGAACCAAUAAAGUUAACUUGGUAAACAAUAGAGAACAGGCAGUGAAACGAGCACAAUGGCAAAGUAGAAAAAUGAAACUAAACCCAAAGUACCAAGAAGAUUAUGUGGAAUUUGUCGAGAAAUUGUUGUCUGAAGGAUAUGCUUAUAAGGUUCCGGAGGAUCAGUCGUAUGAUGAACAGCCUGCAUGGUAUCUACCUCAUCACGGUGUCUACCAUCCAAAGAAGCCAAAUAAGAUUAGAGUAGUCUUUGACUGUAGUGCUAAAUACCAGGGUAGUUCCCUUAAUGACAAUUUGAUGCAAGGUCCUGAUAUGACUAAUUCCCUUGUUGGAGUGCUCAUCAGAUUUCGUCUAGAGAGGGUGGCCUUGAUGGGUGACAUAGAAUCUAUGUUUUACCAAGUGCAGGUACCAAAAGUUCAACAUAAAUACCUUAGAUUCUUAUGGUGGCCUGGUGGUGAACUUGAAAGCGAACUUACAGUGUAUCGAAUGGGUGUUCACAUCUUUGGAGCAGUAUCAUCACCUAGCAUCGCCAAUUACGCUUUGAGGGCAGCAGCUGACCAUGCAAAGGAUAAGUAUGGUCCAGAUGUAGAAUGCACCAUUAAGACUAAUUUUUAUGUGGAUGAUUAUUUAAAGUCUGUACCCUCAGAAGAGCAGGCAUUAAGACUUGUGAAAGACGUUACGUCAGCAUUGAAGGAACGAGGUUUUCGGCUGACAAAGUUUGUGAGUAACAGCAAGCUGGUGUUGAAAUCAAUCCCGCAAGAGGACCGUUCAAAAGAUCUUCAAACUUGUGAUCUUGACUAUGAUGAACUUCAUGCAGAAAGAGUUCUUGGUCUUCAGUGGAAUAUUGAAAAUGACUACUUUACUUUCUCCGCAAGCUUGGACCCAAAACCACUUACAAGGAGAGGUAUUUUGUCAACAGUUUGUUCCCUCUAUGAUCCUCUUGGUUUUGUGGCUCCUUUUCUUUUGCCAGCUAAGAGAAUUCUUUGCGAAGUUUGUCAGGAUAGCAGCUUGGGAUGGGAUGAUGUUAUUCCCGAAAAAUACCAGAAGCCCUGGAGAAGGUGGCUUGAUGAUUUACCAAUCCUGGGUAACUUAAAGAUUCCAAGAUGUGUCAAGCCAAAGGAAUUUGGUACAGUGACUUCCACACAGCUGCACAUGUUUUCAGAUGCUAGUAAUGAAGGCUAUGGUGCUGCAGCAUACAUAAGACUUUCCGAUAGCAGUGGGAGGAUUUCUACUGCUCUGCUGAUGGGAAAGUCUAGAGUGUGUCCUGUAAAGGCUACAACCGUACCCCGACUGGAAUUGACUGCUGCAGUGGUGUCCAUAAAUCUAGCACAACACAUUUUGAAAGAGCUGCAGAUUACAGUGGACCAGACAUUCUAUCACACAGAUUCUACAACAGUUCUUCACUAUAUUUUUAGUGAUAGAAAGAGGUUUCCUAUAUUUGUUGCAAAUAGAGUGAAAAUAAUUAAGGAUUUCUCUGAAAAUACACAGUGGAGAUAUGUUCAGAGUAAAGAGAAUCCUGCUGAUAUUGCAUCAAGAGGUUUCACAAGUCAGCAAAUGCUGAACAGUAACAUUUGGUUUGAUGGCCCAUAUUUUCUUAGAGGACCAGAGGAGCUGUGGAAAAAUGACAUGCCUCAAGAUGAGUUUGAAUUGGAAGGAUCUACAAGUUUUGCAGUACAUCCAGAAGAUGAGGAGGGAAAUGCUGUUGAUAAGUUUCUUAAGUAUUAUUCUUCAUGGCAUCGGUUGAGGAAGGCUGUUGCAGUGUAUCACCGUCUUUUUUUCAUACUGAAAUCUAAGAGACAAACUAAACUUAAUGGUUCAAUUACAGCAGAUGAAUUAGAUGCUGCUGGAAAAGCAGUCAUCAGAUAUAUCCAGAAGAAAACUUUUAGUAAGGAAGUGGCACUCUUACAAAAGAGCGAAGGGUCAAGGGGCCGAGGACUUUGUAGUAGCAGUAGCAUUUAUAAACUAGAUCCCUUCAUUGAUCCGCAAGACAGGCUUCUUCGCGUUAAUGGACGGCUCUCCAAAGCAGAAAUUUCAGCUGACGAAAAGCAUCCAAUGAUAUUACCUAGAAAGAGCCAUAUUACCACUUUGAUUAUUCGUUACACACAUGAAAAAUUAGCUCAUGCUGGACGCAACCAUGUGAUGGCAAAACUUAGAGAACUUUACUGGAUUAUCCGUACCAAUGCAAGUGUCCGUCAGGUUCUACAAAGAUGUGUCAUUUGCAGAAAAAUGAGAAACCCUGUUCUUAACCAGAAGAUGGCUGAUUUACCAUUGGGAAGAGUAAUUCCAGCUGCUCCAUUCACACACACAGGUGUUGACUUCUUUGGGCCACAGGAAGUUAAAGAAGAAAGGCAAAUCAGGAAGAGGUACGGUGUAUUGUUUACUUGCUUGUCUUCAAGAGCAAUUCAUAAAGAGACAGCCAAUUCCUUAGACACAUCGUCCUUCAUAAAUGCUUUAAGAAGGUUUGUUGCUAGAAGAGGAAAUGUAAGGAAGAUUUGGUGUGACAAUGGGACAAACUUUCAUGGAGCCGAGAAGGAGUUGAGGAAGUCACUGCAAGAGAUGAAUGAUGACCAGAUCAGAGCUUUCCUCUCAAAAGAAAGCAUCAGCUGGACCUUCAAUCCCCCUACAGCUAGUCAUAUGGGAGGUGUGUGGGAACGUCAGAUUAGAACUGUGAGAAAGGUCUUGACUCAUCUCUUCAAAGAACAUGCUGGACGACUGGAUGAUGAGAGUUACUGCACUCUUCUCACAGAAGUUGAGGCUAUAGUGAAUGACCGUCCUUUGACCACAGUCAGUGACAGUCCAGAUGACUUACAACCACUCAGUCCAGCACAGCUUCUCACACAGAAAUCAAGUGUUGUGAUGCCACCACCUGGUGUUUUUCAGAAAGGAGAUAUGUAUCUGAGACAGAGGUGGCGAUAUGUUCAAUUCUUGGCUAACUUAUUCUGGACUAGAUGGCGAAGAGAAUAUUUAUCAACAUUACAAGAGAGACAGAAGUGGAACAAGGAAAAGCGGCACAUUCAAGUUGGUGAUAUUGUCCUUGUAAAAGAUGAUAAUCAGUUAAGGAGUAACUGGAUGAUGGGUCGUGUUAUCAGCACUGAAAAGGACAGAACCGGUUUUGUACGAAGUGUAGUUUUGAAGACACAAACAUCAGAGCUCCAUCGACCCAUUCAAAAGCUUGUUCUUCUCCUUGCAGUAGAGGAACAAUGA